CUCCACCCACCCUAUCCCCCCUCUUUUACCUUCCUUCCUUCACUCCCCCUCCCACCGUAGCUCACUCCCGCUCUCCCUCACUCACACACAGCUCUCUCGCUCAGUCUCAGGACUCACGGCGGACUCUGGAAGCGAAGAUGCGGGCGCUCGGGGCCGUGGGAGUCGUGGGUGUGCUGUGGGCGCUGCUGGCCGCUCUGGUGCCCGGUGGCGUGUCGGAGCUGGUGACGCUGGUGCAGGAGCCGGUGAAGCACGAGUCUAGCCUGCUGAAGCCAAAGGUUAUGAUCGCCAUUGUGGCUCGUAACGCGGCGCACAGUCUUCCACACCACCUGGGCUGCAUCGAGAGGUUGGAGUACCCGAAGGAGCGCAUAGCGAUCUGGGCAGCAACAGACCAUAAUAUGGAUAACACCACUGCCAUGCUGAGAGAAUGGCUGAAAAGAGCCCAGCAUGUCUACCACUAUGUGGAGUGGAGACCCAUGGAGGAGCCACGGUCCUACACAGAUGAGUGGGGUCCGAAGCACUGGCCUCCUUCAAGGUUCAACCAUGUGAUGAAGCUGAGACAGGCAGCGCUAAAGGCGGCUAGGGAACGAUGGGCAGACUACAUACUAUUUGUAGACAGCGACAACCUGUUGACCAACCCCCAUGCGCUCAACCUGCUGAUGGCUGAAAACCUGACCCUGGUGGCUCCCAUGUUAGAGUCGCGCUCACUCUACUCCAACUUCUGGUGUGGCAUCACCCCACAGGGUUACUAUAAGCGAACCCCAGACUACCAGCCGAUCAGGGAGUGGAAGCGGCUCGGCUGCUUCCCUGUUCCAAUGGUCCACAGCACCUUCCUAUUAGACCUCCGACGUGAAUCCAGCAGGGACCUGGCCUUCUACCCUCCUCACCCAGACUACAGCUGGGCGUUCGAUGACAUCAUGGUGUUUGCUUUCUCGGCACGUCAAACAAAUGUGCAGAUGUAUGUUUGUAACAGAGAGCACUACGGUUUCCUGCCCGUCCCUCUCAAAGCACAGCAGAAUGUGGAAGAUGAAAGAGAGAGUUUCAUACACACCAUUACGGAGGCUUUGAUUGACCACGACAUUGAGCCCUCUGAGCACCUGUUCUCUCUGCCAUCAUCGCAGGACACGAUAGGCUUUGAUAAAAUUUUCCUGAUUAAUCUGAAGCGUCGGCUGGACAGGAGAACGAGGAUGAUGAAAACAAUGGCUACGCUUGGUCUUCAUGCCACGCUGACAGAUGCAGUGGACGGCAAGGCUCUCAAUUCGUCCCAGCUGCAGGCCUUGGGAAUAGAGAUGAUGCCGCACUACAAGGACCCUUACUCUGGUCGAGUCCUGACCCGAGGGGAGAUCGGUUGCUUCCUCAGCCAUCACUCUAUAUGGACACAGGUGUUGGAGCGCGGCCUUGAGAAGGUUCUUGUUUUAGAGGAUGACGUGAGGUUUGAGCCCAGGUUUAAACGACGGAUGCAGGCCAUAAUGGAUGAUAUAGACAAAGCCCAGCUGGACUGGGACCUCAUCUACGUGGGGCGUAAGCGUAUGCAGGUGCAGCAGCCCGAGCAGUCUGUGGAUGGUGUAAACAACCUGGUUGUGGCCGACUACUCCUACUGGACACUUGGCUACGCACUGUCGCAGCAAGGAGCCAAGAAGUUAAUGGCUGCCGAUCCCUUCACAAGGAUGCUGCCCGUCGACGAGUUCCUGCCCGUCAUGUUCAACAAACACCCCAACACUGAGUACAUGACUUACUUUGAGCCGCGGGACCUGAAGGCCUUCUCCGUGGAACCGCUACUCAUCUACCCCACACACUACACCGGAGAGCCGGGCUACAUCAGCGACACGGAGACCUCUACCAUCUGGGACGACGAAGCCGUGGCCACGGACUGGGACCGACAGCAUGCCCGCAAGACGGCCCAGCAGGGUCGCAUUCGCCCUGUGGCGCAGAACAGCGUCACCGGAGACUCACCACCUCCCGCAGCUCGGGCCUCGCGGGAUGAACUCUGAUACAGAGACCUGAAACUCGGAGAGAGAGACUCAUGUUUACUACACCGUGUACACAUUGUGAACGUCAUGUGUACACACACUUGAAAAGACACUUGAACUACAAGCUGAGAUACUGUACAUUCAUUAACACACACACACGCGCCACACACACACACACACACACACACACACACACACACACACACACACACACACCACACACACUGGUGUCCAAAUGGAUAAAAGCAGAGUUAAGAUGUAAGUCUACACUGCUGCCUGAUGAAGGGACACUGCUGAGGAGAGAAAGAAGAGGAAGAAGAAGAGGAAGAAGAGCAGAAGCUGGGACGAGGGCCAGCAGGCCUUUGACAAAAGCUUUAUUUAUUCCCCAUGUGCCUCCUCUGUGCAUGUGGAGACAGUUACGGCCUGAGAAAACUUAAGCAACACAUGGAAGACAGCUAACAUUAUUUGCAGGACGUGAAAGAAAAAAAACGAUCAAAAAACAUUCUCACAAAUCAAUUUUCAUCUUGUUUGUGAAGAUUAUUGUUAUUUAAAAAGAACAGAUGUGUUUUGUUUUUUUUAACGGACAGCGGAGGAAUAAAGGAAUCUUAAAGCUGCCUGAAAACAACUCUUAAGUGUGCGUGUGUGCCCUGUGUGUGUGUGUGUGUGUGUGUGUGUGUGUGUGUGUGUGUGUGUGUGUGUGUGUGUGUGUGUGUGUGUGUGUGUAUGUGUGCGGGUGUGCACAUUGACAUAUUUACAGAGCUGAACAUGUGUGGGAGGAAGGGAGGCUGACAUACCGUACCCAAGAGUGUCACUGCUUCAGAUGAUGUCAGACACACACACACACACACACACACUGAUAGUACAGGCCUUCUUUGCCAAGCAGUAGGGCAAUAGUGGAAGUUAUUAGGCUCAGUGUUUCCAUCAUUGCAGAUAUCUCACUUGCACAGCGGGCUGGUCCUGCUAGUUAGCAUUUCAUAACAUCAGUCAUACAUUAUAUGUAGCCUGUAGGAUGUAUGAUUUGUCCACUGCAGACCCCUGCUUUCAGAAUUUCUGUGUGUUAAAUACUUUGCAAAAAACUGCAUUAAUGGAUUAUUCAUGUCUUCGAUGCAGGCUUGUUCUUCGUUCAGUUGUUGCACUGGGCGAAACCAAUAAAACAGCUUCUCUAUUUCUGUUUUCACUCAGUCUGCAGCAUAAAACCAUCAUUUUACAGUAAUUUGGAUUAUUAUUGUAGUUACUGUAUUGUGUUGCAGAGUUUGUAGACAGAAGCAAAUGAAAAUAAGAGAUCUCAGGCCAGAUUUAAACCCAUGACAGCAAAACAUCAACAAAACUGCACUCUAUGUGGGACUAGAAUCGAGCUUUCAUUUGGUAAUGUACUGUACUGUAUCGGCUGAUUAGCAAGCAUAAACAUGCUGCUGCUGUUCACAUGACCAAAAAUGGAAGACAGACUUUUCCCUAAUUAAACCCUGUGAAAAUAAGCUCUGUGAAAUUUCAGAAAACAGUGGUAAAACAAGAAAGGAGCUGCAACCUCCCAAUAAAUUUAACGUUUGAGCCUUUAUCAUGUAGAGGACGACUCAGUGGGUGUGUUGGCUCCCACUGUUCACUGGCUGAGUGAAAUUCAGCUCACUGUUUUAUAGUUCCUGUCUGCUGUGGGAUCUGACAGAGAGAGAGAGAGGGAUGGAGAGGAGAGAAACGGAGGGAGUGGGAGGUGGUGGGGGUUAUAGGUAAGGUGGAUGAGAAAGAGAAAUGAAGGGAGAGAGAAGAGGAUUGUUGGGCACACAGGAAAAAUAUUUAAAUAUUAAUAUCCUACAGUUGGGUUGAGAUGUGAGACAAAAUCUCGCUAUCUGGUAUUCUCAUUAUUAAAUCGGAUAAAAACGUAAUGUUAUUGCUAAUCCUGCCUCAUGCAACCUUGACCAGACUGUACGUAAUGCUACUGUCAUUGCUAUAAGUGAAUUGCUUUAUCAGAUGCUUCAUUUUACAGGUUUGUUUUCUCAGGUAAUGCUCCAUUUACAUAGUGUGAUGCCAAGAGAAGGAUUACGCUGCCGUCUGCUGGUCAUGUGUGGAAUGGCAACUGGAUUGUACAGCUUUUGCUUUAUGAGGUCCUGUCAAAUUAUACAGCUCAUAUAAUAUGAUACAUGAUAGUGUGUGUUAUGAUUUACUGUUGGUCGAAAUGAAAAUAUUAUAGAUAAUAAAAUAUUUUACAUUGUA